CCCAGGAUUCUUUGCCAUCUGCGUCUUAUUUCGCUGUGUAUUCUAGUUUUGGAUUCAAAAUAUUUCAAAACCGCCCAUAAAUAUUGAAGACAGCAAAACGAUUUAUCUCAUGUCUCGGGUAAAUCAUAUCAAAAUAAUUGGUCUAAAAUAUUUGGUAACCAUGAAAAUUUAAAACAAAAUCAUACAGGGGGAGGGUUCAUACAAAAGUACUAUAUUAAUUCCAAGUUCGAAAUAUACAGUUCAAUGGUUCGAACAUGUUGAUAUUAAUCACUGGAAUAUAAAUGCAAAUAUUAAUAAUUUCUUUGUUUUAUGCAAUUUACAGAAAAUUGACUAUCGCCCUAAUGAGAGUGAAGUAUUAAAUCCCAUAUAUAUGUAUAUGGAAAUUCUUUUAUCUCUGUGUUGAAAGUUCUGUCAAACGCUAUCAGUCAUCAGGUAGACACGCUCAAAGUGAAAUCGUCGGAGAGCACAAAAAUACCUAAUCUAAAUUUUAUCAUAUGCUUGGGCUUGGCCUAUCAAAUAAUGGCAGAAACAGAAAAUAAAGAUAGAGGUCGUGUAGUUCUGGUUGCUGUGGACGGCAGCCACAACAGUGAAAAUGCAUUUCAGUGGUAUGUAACUCACCUCCAUACGCCAGAAACGAAAGUUUUUCUACUCAAUGUGUUCGAAAUACCAAAUUUACAAAGUGGAAGAUAUCAUGUGGAACCCGAGUCAGAUUUUCUUUCGUGGAAAACAAGGAUAAGUGAGGUCGAAAUGGAAGCGCAAAAAGUAAUGAAAAGAUUCAUGGAUAAAUGUGCCGCAUAUAAGGAUCUUGUCCAUUACACACCCGUGACAGUCCCUGGACGACCUGGGGAGAUGAUCUGUGAUGAAGCAGCUAAACACAAAGCAGACUUUAUUAUUAUUGGUAGUCGUGGUUUAGGAAAAAUAUCUCGAACACUGUUUGGUAGCGUUAGUGAUUUUGUUGUACGCGGAGCGAAUCGUCCUGUUAUAGUUGUUCCGAAAGGAUGGAAAAGUGAAUGAUCUCGAGUGAUCUAUUUUUCACUGUUCUGUUAAAGAUGUUCUUAAAUUAGUGAAUAUUUCAUGUUAUACUUACGCUGUAGUAUAUUCUUUAGGUUUAUGUAUAAGUAAUAUUAUGUUAUUAAACAAUCUGUG